UGUAUUUGGUUAUGCCUGUAAAGUGUUUCGGGAUGAUGAAAAGGCAUCUUAUCUCGAUCAAGGGAAACAGCUUAUCCCAUGGAUGGGCGACGAUCGUCUGAUGAUUGACAGGUCUGUGGCUCUUCCAGUGGAAUAUUCUAAGAAGUUUCGAAUUUCUCGUGUUUACAAAUCGCGCGGGUCCUAAUUCAAGAUUAAUUUGCAGGAACAACGGUCUUGUAGCAAAGUGGUAAUGGUUUGUGUUGUUUGCUACCGGAGGUGACAUGACAAGGGAAGGGAGACAACUGGCUUCAACAGCAACUCGCCACCAACACCGCAGCUGUCAAAUGGCAGAUGGCAAACGGAAUUAUUCUGCACAAUCUAUGUCAUCAAUGACAUGGGACAUUAUUUAGAGAAUUGUGCAGAUAUGUUUUUGUUUGUAGCCAUGGGUGGACAAAAACCACCAUCUAAAUGUUUUCGUUCCAGAUUGAAGUGUUGACAGACUCCGUCUAUGUUGGUGUGGCCUCAUAUUGGGUAUGACGGCCGAGGACAUCUGUAUGACCUGUCUGCGUAUGAUGCUGAGAAUGUCAAAAAAGAAAACAUUGAGUUGUCUGAGACUGAAAAAGCUGUUGAAGCUGCCUGUGAUGAAGAACGAUAUCUGGAACUACGAACAGAUAUUGCAGAAGCAGAAUUAUAUCAAGAGGAGGAAUGGAAGCGGUACUACGAGUCCCUCCAUGAUGGUUACAAGGCAGUUGGGUUCAGCUACGACCAACCCGAAGAAGACAUACUGGAGGAUCAUCAAGCUUUAAGAGAAUCAGAAGAUGACAAGCCCUUUGUUCCCCCACCAGAACUACAAGUGCCUAAGGGUGUUAACUUGCCAGUCAACAGAAAAGCCAACGUCAUCAUUGAAAAGACGGCAAAGUUUGUGGCCGAACACGGCGCUCAGAUGGAGAUCAUCAUCAAGACGAAACAGUCGGGCAAUCCCCAAUUUGAUUUCAUGCACUUUGAGAACGAGCUGUCCCAGUACUACAAACACAUGGUGAAAAUGAUCAAGUCAGGGAAAUACAAGCCACAGACGCAAGAACAAGAUGAAGAAGGCCUUGACGACGAUGAUGAUGGACAUGGCUACCUUCAUCCCCUGCUGAACCCAACGUCAACAACACAGCCGAGCAAACCAAUAAAGAUGCCAGUUGUCUCCAUUAAUGAUACUUCCUAUGGUCAGCUGAUUAAGUCUAUCAAAAGGAAUUCAGCGAAAGUAUCAGAAAAUAGUUCUUCAGUGGGUGACCGGGACACAAACCCUCUUGCCCCACCCCCAAUGCCCCCAUUUGCGAACCAGACAGUGUAUCCCUCCUCUGCCGCCCACGCUGGUCUGCCCCCUCCCCCUGGCACGGAGCCUGUGGUGCUGCCAUCCUCGGAACUACCUCACAUCCAGGGACUCCAGCCAAGGAGGGCCAUGAAGCAGGAAGACGAGGGAGGAGGAGGAAGUUCGACACCAAGUCAGAUAGUCCCGCCCCCUCCUGACAUUCAGCCAAUCAUAGACAGGAUGGCGAUGUACGUGGCGAAGAAUGGUGUGGAGUUUGAGAUCGUUGUGAAGAGCAAGGAUGACACCCGCUUUCAGUUCCUCCAUCCAUGGCAUGUCCACUUUCCAUACUACGACUUCAAGAAAACUCUCUUCCUCAAGGAGGUAGAACAGGAGCGGCAAGAGAAAGAAGAGGCUGCAGCUGCGGCGGCGGCAAACAAGGCCGUCAGCUUCUCAAUCAAGACGCGCACCAAGGAGCCAGAGAACGUCACGCAGCUGAAGAAACCUCUCUUUGACUAUGGCAGCAGUGAAGAUGAGAAUGAAGGGGAAACACUGGGAGAAUCUGACAGCCAGAAGGAGCGAACCACGGACAUCACCUCCAGUUCACCGACUGUUUCCGACUCAGGCCAGGUGUCAGAGGUCAUAGUUGAGGUCAAGCCAGAGGUCAAGUCAGACAUUCAACUCGAAGUCUUGGAGAAGAAAAUGGCUGAGGAACGCCUGAAGGACCGACUGGCGAACGCAGCGCGAGAGAAGCUGGCACAAGCCAGUAAAGAGAAGCAGGUUCAGGCGGAACGCAAAAGGAAAGCAGCCAUGUUUAUCAACCUCCUCAAAAUCAAACCUACCUCAGCGGAUGAGUCAUCCAGGGAUGGUGCACAGGAAUCCUAUUCUACAUCCCCCCGAGGGACUCCAAGCAGCAGUCGUCCAUCAACCCCUGGGUUUGUGUCUAGUCGAGAACGGUCAGUUCCAUGUGAUGACCGAGAUCACCCAGUAGAACAUGACAGGUAUGACAGCUACAGGAGGGGCUGGCCCAGAAGGUCAAGGUCAAGGUCACCUCAUCCAGCUUAUAGAUCACGCUCAAGGUCACCUCGGGGCCGUCACAGGUCAAGGUCAAGGUCUCCUGUUUACCAGUGGCGACGGCGACGAUCGCCCACUCCACCAAGUGCUUUCAGUGUAAUUAGAAGGUCACCAGCUCGAAGACCCUCUCCCCGAUUGAGCAGUGGCAGGAGAAAGUCACGGUCAAGGUCACCACGUAGAGUUAUUCCACUAGUUAGGACAGGAAGACGCUCAAGGUCACCGAAGAAAAGUAAAUCCCCGACAAAAAAGAGAUCUAGAUCACGAGACAGGAAGAGGAAGUCAAGGUCACCCUCCAGAAACAAGAAGAGGUCAAGGUCAAAGUCUCCCAGCUCCAAACAUAAAAAGCCGAAAAAGUCUGAUGCAAGGUCACCCAAGAAGAAGAAGAAAGAUAAGGACAAGGAAAAGAGCAAAGACAAACGUAAGGACAAAAGUCGGGAUAAGGUGAAAGACAAAGAAAAGCACAGAAGUAAAGACAAAAGUGGGAAGCAUUCGACAGAAACAGAGAGUUUGUGUAAAACUGAAGCUAAAAGUGUUGAAGAAAGCAAAGGUUCUGAAUCCGAACAUGAGCAUGAGAAAUCAGAUGGCAGAGAUAGUUCCUCAGAUAGUGAAGAUGAGGCACCACCAGUAGUGCCAAGACCUCAGGAAAUAGAUGCAACUAUUGAGAUAAUAGAGAUUGAUGACAAUGAUGACCCAGUGGAUGACAUCCCUCAGCCUCCCGGGCCCCCUCCAUCACUCCCCCUCCUGGCACUGGACGAUGAGAUGACACAAUCUCCACAUUUGCCAUCAGAAAGUGACUUAACGGAGACUGCAAGUGGUAGAGACUCCCCUGCUGUAGAUCCAAGUAAACCUCCCAGAGAAGUGUCCAAGCAUCUUCUGUCCCGCGUCAGAGCCUUGCUGAAGGCAUCCCGAGACGAGAUAUUAAAAGAUGGUGAUGGUCCGAAUGAUGACCCCUGAUGAAGACUUCAUGUCGAUGCUGCAGGUUCGGUGUCGAAAGAAGCAAUUCAUCGCAAUGUCCAAAUCAGGGUUUCACUUGUAAAUUCAAAUCCCUCAGUCCUUCAGGUUGCCAGGAUACAGGGUCACUGACCCUCUGCUUGAAUUGGCCCCUUGAAGCUAUAGUUCUGAAACAAGGGCCAACAGCUAAGGGUCGCUGACCUAUCUGAAUCUGGAUAUCUUGGUUGGAGAUGUCCUUGUUUCCAUUCAGACCUGUAGUUUAUGCAGGUUUUUUCUCAAACCUUUGAAUCAGUAGUUGAAAUACAGAUAAAUUUAGACUCUUCAAUUUUAUUUUAUUUAUUGAAUAUAUUUGUAUUUGAUUCCCGGGAAGAAGGCAAACCGCAAAUUCUCUAUUUUCAUUUGGUAUUUUUGUUAAAUGUGACAUGAAUGAUAAAAUUGUAUAGCUUUUACAUGAGAUCAAAGCCACACACUGUUUGAGUGUUGGUGAAGGUGUGUCUAGUGCAUGUCAUGGUUCCAGCUCAAUCUUUGAGCAAUCAUCUAUAGGUCUAUGAUCAUGUGUCAAUUGUCUGGGUCAGGUAGAGAAACUGGGAUUUAGGUUUUUCGAUUACCAGGCUUGGUGGUAAAAAUAUGUCUUUUGUGUGGAAUUCUUAUUUUUUACACCUUCUCGAUUUUUAGGAUGGGUGAAAUCAGAAACCUAGUAAUUCAAACAAAAACAUGUCAGUUGCCUUGUGAAUUGUAGAGUAUUGUGACUUGAUGAUGCCAGAUAUUGAACUAGGGAUAAUGUGUGGUGUUGGGGUAAUCAGUUUGAAACAUAGCCACGUGAAUGAGGUUUUGUUUUGUUUAAGUCAUCAUCACAUAAUUGAAGGACACAUAGAAAAUCUCACCUGAGUGUCUUUUGAUAUCAAUUAUAUCAACACGAGUUGAUAAAAAAAACUCCGAGUGUUGAUAUAUUUCAUAUCAAAAGACACAAGUGUGAGAUUCUAUUUAUCAUCCUCCAUCAUCCUUCCAACUUUUGCAGUUUGUAGACAGUAAUAAGCAGUGUCUUCAGUAUAAUAAAAAGUACUGCUAACAGCUUCAGUAGCAGAGCCAUUAGUGAUGUCAUUUGAUUGUGAUGUCAUGGUAACAAUGACGUCACAUUGGUCUGCAAAGCAUUGUGAUGCAAUUUCAUUGCAGCGAUAUCUACAAUGUAUCUCCUGUGGGAGCCAGUUAACCUAACCUAGUUAGGUAUCUUGUCAUAUCAGGUUGGACAAAGUCAGGGUUUCACCAGAGAACUCUAUAAUGAGAGAACUCUUAGACAUGGUGCAAUUAUUUUGUGUUCUUCCUAUGAAACAAUUCACUGUUCUCAGGUGUUGCCUAUCAAGUGUGUCAGCAUAAAGGAUAUUUUUCUGAAAUUGAAAUUCUGAAGUAGCAAUCAAUAAGAUAAGAUAGUUAAAUAUCUGAAGAAAACAUAUUGAACAUUCUGAAUCAUCAAGGAUACCUUGAAUAAGAUUUGUAUAUUUGUUUGAAAAGAUAUUUGAAAAACUCCUGUGCUACCUUGCACAGUUGUUUAAUUUCUGUUAAAGAAAUAAAUAAAGACAUAUCUGAAAAACAGUCAGCAUCCCCACUGCAGCAGUUGCCUGACAACCACAUUGUUUUGUUUUUGUUAGCCUAGGAUAGUACUCAGGGGGCAAAUAUGAGGCCGUCUAUGUAUGUCUAGCGGUGCUUUUUAUAUAGUUUGCUGUAUGUAUGGUAGCUAUUCCUAGUUCCAUAGUAGAUAUUCUCAGCUCUAUGGUAGAUAUUCCUACCUCCAUAGUAGAUAUUCCUACCUCCAUAGUAGAUAUUCCCAGCUCCAUAGUAGAUAUUCCCAGCUCUAUGGUAGAUAUUCCUACCUCCAUAGUAGAUAUUCCCAGCUCCAUAGUAGAUAUUCCCAGCUCUUUGGUAGAUAUUCCCAGCUCUAUGGUAGAUAGUCCCAGCUCUAUGGUAGAUAUUCCCAUCUCUAUGGUAGAUAUUCCCAGCUCUAUGGUAGAUAUUCCCAGCUCCAUUGUAGAUAUUGCCAGCUCUAUGGUAGAUAUUCCCAGGUCCAAAGUAGAUAUUUCCAGCUCUAUUGUAAAUAUUUCCAGCUCUAUGGUAAAUAUUCCCAGCUCCAUAGUUGAUUUUCCAUCUCUAUGAUAGAUAUUCCCAUCUCUAUGGUAGAUAUUUCCAGGUCUAUGGUAGAUAUUUCCAGCUCCAUAGUAGAUAUUCCCUGCUCUAUGGUAGAUAUUUCCAGCUGUCUGGUAGAUUUUUCAAAGUGUGAUAGAAGUUAUAACGUGAUAUCUUGUCAGGUGAACCGUUGUUAGCCAGCAAGAUGCUGAUCUUUCUAUAUUCAAAGAUCUUGUAAAUAUGUAGCAAGGUCAUAAUAUAGCAUAACUAGUACUUCACGGAAGUACCUUCAUCUUUCUAUGUGCAAGUAUUGUGGACUGUCAGUAAUGAUUCUGUGGGGUUCAAGGGGCAAGUAAUUUGGAAACAGUGAUUGAGGAUAGAAUAUCAGACUAGGAGAAUCAAAUAGGAUGUGUGUGCUACCGUGGCUACAGCUGCAUUGGUUUUAAUGACUCAAACAGCUACCGGUAUAUUUAUUCUCACAUAUAAAGUCUGCAGUUUUGCUAGUCAGAAGCCUGAGUCAAGACAUAAGACUUCCAACAUUGUGACCGAACAGUACUGAAAACUACUGAGCUACUUGUCCUAAUUAUAGGCACAGGGUGCCGGAGUGUAAAUUGUAUGUAUAUAUUUUCUCCACACUUUCAGGAAAGCCAAAUGGAGAUGUUUCUGUAAUUGUACAUAGUGUAUGGAUCAGGGUGCAAGCAGUAGGGGUGCUGUGACUCAGGUACCCAGAGUUGUACAAUGGACAGGUGCUUGUUGUGACAGUGAGACCUUGUGAUCAUCUCACAUAGUGCUGGAUCAGGGUGCAAGCAGUAGGGGUGCUGUGACUCAGGUACCCAGAGUUGUACAAUGGACAGGUGCUUGUUGUGACAGUGAGACCUCCUUGUGAUCAUCUCACAUAGUGCUGGAUCAGGGUGCAAGCAGUAGGGGUGCUGUGACUCAGGUACCGAGAGUUGUACAAUGGACAGGUGCUUGUUGUGACAGUGAGACCUCCUUGUGAUCAUCUCACAUAGUGCUGGGCAAUGGGAUAAUAUGAAUGUUUCAAAAAAACGUUUUUGUUACCGACACAAAGAUAAUGGUAAUGAUAGACAUUUUAUCUCCCCGAAAUCUUAAAUGUAAACAAUAGGGUUAUGACCAGAAUGCCAUGACUUCCAUACUUAAUCUACAAAUGCUGUUGUGCAUAUUUACACUUAAGGCCAUAUACAUUUACUGCAGAAUACAGUGUGUUUAAUAAAGUUUUCAUGUCAAGAAAGUAAAUCACCGAGAAAUUUGUCAGCUGCAGUGUUUGCUGCUCAGUCUAAACUUCCCUUGACAGAGGUCACCUUAUUUUUGUCCAUCUGUAUAUAGUCAUAAUUUUUUAAAGAAAAUAAACCUCUUUUGUUAUCCCUGGUUACAUACGACUAAAAAAAUGUUAACAGCCCGAUUCUUUCAUAUUGCUGGUGUUAAUAGGUCAUGGCAUAGCUGCUUGGCAUGACAGAUUAACUUGAGUAAUAUGAAAGAAUCAGCUGAUCCUUAAGUUUUUUUGAGUAGUAUAUUCAAUACAUUUGAAGUUAAACCCAAAAUAGUUUUAGUGAACAAAGUAUCAUAGCCUGUUUACUCCUAAAGUUGAUGAGGCUGACUGAUGAAGUGAUACCUGUAUCUGUGUACAGUGAAACAUUGUCUGUCUCGAUGCUACCAUCCCAGUGAAAUCACCUGGGUUAACAAAUUUCUGGAUUUGUGAAUCAUGUUACAGAGUAAUGCUCCGUUGUAUAUAUGAACACAAUUGUCCUAAAGCUGGAGUGUCCAGGUUGACAAGGUUUCACUGUAUAGAGUUUGCUGGGUUGUCAGAUGCCUCCACAGGGCAUUGUAUUGUAUAGAACAAAGGCUGGGUCAUAUUGACCCAGUCACCCAUGAAUAAAUCAUUUUCAUAAAA